GAAUAUUUCUAGACGCAGCGUAUGAUUCACCAACCUCAGAUCUCUGUGUCUUAUGUUUUCGUCUUUGGAAUACGGACGAGAAUGCGAGAAAUUAGAGCGGAAACGGCUUUUGUUUUAGGAAAUCCAAAGAGGGGUGGUGUGUGAGGUCUUCCAAUUUGUGCUUUCCCAACGACUCCUGCCAAACCAUUGCCUCGGUUUUGAUAAUAUACACAGCUGUAACUGACUGGCACCAUAGGAGGUGAUUUCAGAAGAUAAUCAUUCGGAAUAUGUCAGGACCAGUUCCAAGUCGAGCUAGAGUUUACCCAGAUGUAAACACACAAAGACCUAGAGAGUACUGGGACUACGAAUCACAUGUAGUUGAGUGGGGAAAUCAAGAUGACUAUCAGCUGGUGAGGAAACUGGGCAGAGGCAAAUACAGUGAAGUGUUUGAAGCCAUUAACAUCACAAAUAAUGAAAAAGUAGUUGUCAAAAUACUUAAGCCAGUGAAAAAGAAGAAAAUUAAGAGAGAAAUCAAGAUUCUAGAAAAUCUUCGAGGGGGGCCCAAUAUAAUUACUCUACUAGAUAUUGUCAAAGAUCCAGUUUCUCGAACACCAGCACUGGUCUUUGAACAUGUGAACAACACAGAUUUCAAGCAAUUAUAUCAGACAUUAUCAGAUUAUGACAUUCGAUUCUACAUGUAUGAAAUAUUAAAGGCUCUGGAUUAUUGUCAUAGUAUGGGAAUUAUGCACAGAGAUGUCAAACCACACAAUGUCAUGAUUGAUCAUGAACACAGAAAGCUCCGACUCAUAGACUGGGGUUUGGCAGAAUUUUAUCAUCCAGGACAAGAAUAUAAUGUCAGAGUUGCAUCCAGGUACUUUAAGGGACCGGAGCUACUGGUAGACUACCAGAUGUAUGACUAUAGUUUAGACAUGUGGAGUUUAGGCUGCAUGCUGGCCAGCAUGAUUUUCAGAAAGGAACCUUUCUUUCAUGGACAUGACAAUUAUGACCAGCUUGUACGAAUUGCUAAAGUGCUCGGCACAGAAGACUUGUAUGAUUAUAUUGAUAAAUACAACAUUGAGCUAGAUCCUCGGUUUAAUGAUAUUUUGGGAAGGCAUUCCCGUAAAAGAUGGGAGCGUUUUGUACAUAGUGAAAACCAGCAUUUGGUGAGCAAUGAAGCUCUUGAUUUUCUUGACAAAUUGCUCCGUUAUGAUCAUCAAGCCCGUCUCACAGCUAGAGAGGCAAUGGAACAUCCUUAUUUCUACCCAAUAGUAAAAGACCAGGUCAGAAUGGGUUCUUCGUCUGGAAUGUCUGCUGGUAACACCCCAGUUAGUUCCUCCAGUAUGAUGGCAGGUAUUACAUCAAUGUCCUCGUCACAGCCUUUGGGUAACCUUGCUGGAUCUCCUGUCAUCUCCUCUCCAAAUACUUUGGGUACACCAGUCCCAGCUGCCGCAGGAGCACAGCCCUGAACUCUUGACAUCCAAUUAAUGUGGCACACCAUGGCCAACCACCUCAUUUUUUUUUUUUUUUUUUAAAUAUAUUUUUUAUUUUUCCCCCCUCAUGUUUGACUGAGGGCCAUCCAGCAACUGGCACUCCUGAGUUGUCACACAGAAGGUGUCGUGCUCUCUGGAAUUUAUUUUUAUUAUGUUAUGUAUAACAGAGAAAAAAAACAAGCAAUUUAGGAUUUUUUUUUUGUUUUGUGUUUUUUUUUUUGUUUUUUCCUUCUCCGUAAAAUAUAUAUUCAUGCGGACACACAACAAAAAAUGUACGUUGGAUCUGUGUCUGGAUGAAGUGUAGCUGCUUUCUUUCAUGAUGACUGUUUAGAAAUGCAACUACGGUGUAGAAAUUAAAGAAAAGGAUAAUAAAAUUUAUUUUAUAUGUCCCUUAAAUAUAUCCUUGUUGGAAGCUGUUUACUGCAAGUGUAGGGGAAAGGGGGCCUAAAUUUUGGAUGUUCCCAAUAAAAAACAAAUCCCUUUUAAUGUUGAUUACUUUUUUAUUAACACCAUACUUGGGGAAAAAGUCACAAGUCAUAUAGUUCUCUUGUCAGUAAAGGAUUUUUUUUAUUAUCUCUUGCCUCUAGAGAAUUAAAAUUUAACUGAAUUACAACUGUUUCUUUGGGAUAUUUGUAUUUGCCAAAGCUUAUUCAAUGACAUUUUUGUAAAAAUGG